AUGGAUACGUUAGGAGCUCGCUUUCUGCAGUUGGAAAAGGAGGCUCUGAUCGUACUGCGAGCGUACGCGUUGGCGUUCGAGCGCUGGACAGUGUUCGUACGGAAACCACUGGAGGUGGUUGCCCAGCGCUUGGCUCAACAAAGCGCUUACCUAGAUCUCGCCAGUGCCCGAGCGAUUACGUACAUCAUCGCAGCACCGCUGUUAUGGAACGUGCUCGCCCGACUUGAGUACUACACGAGCGUGUGGAGUCGCCUCUGCCGUGGUCGACGGCGGUUCGCCUGCUUGCUGCUGGCCUGUUGGGUAUUCAGCUUUUCCUUGUAUCGCGAUCUGGUAGUGCUGGAGGCAAUGCAGACCAGUGCGGUGCGCUUGCCUCCGUUUCCACAGGCGUUUAUACCAGCGGUGGUGUGGCGCUUCUGCACCCCACGAACGAUAGCCUCGGCUGUAGACGCGGUCGCCUGGGCCGCGUUUGCCACUGGGCUUGUCCUGGUGACCACGUCCUUUCUUCAGCUGGGUCUCUUCGGGACGUAUCUAGGGGACUACUUCGGAAUCUUGAAACCAUCCAAGGUCUCUGCGUUUCCCUUCAGUCAUUUUGAGCAUCCGAUGUACGAUGGGAGUUCGUUGCUGUUCCUUGCGGAGGCGCUUUUUGAACGCAGUACCCUGGGUCUGUUGCUCACGUUGCUGCUCUUUGCGAUGUACCGUAUCGCGACAAUCUGGGAGGGAUCCUUCACCAACUACAUCUACGCAAAUCGGGCUCGUCAGCGUGCGACUUUUUCCGGUAGGAAGCACGCUGACUGA